AUGCGAUCCGGGGCCACGCGGGCACCGUGGGUGGAGGAAGAGGAGGAAGAGGAGGGGGAGGAGGAGGAGGAGGAGGAGGAGGAGAGAGAUACCAUGUUGAUUGAUUCGUUGUCCGUGGACAGUAACGAACCCGAUUUUUUCAAUGAUAGGAGUGACGGGAUAGAGAAGACGAUGGAGGAGACGGCUAUGGGGAGAACGGUUGAUGUGGAUGCUAUAUUUGAUAUUGAGCGCCCCCCGGAGAAUGAGGAGGAAGCCAGUAAUAUCACUGUGCCGCCAUUGAGCCCUGUGGAGCGGGUCGCGCGGUUCAUGGUGGUGAAGAAAGCCGUUGAAUUGAGUGACGAGCCCGAGGAGGAGGAUGUGGCUGAGUUGCCCAGUUCCAUGGACUAUACGGAUUGGGACAGCGUAUAUGGUGGAUCGCCGCUACCUAGUUCGCCAGGCCGCAAAGGAUGUUUGCAGUGGGUGACCUAG